UUGUAAUUUUGUACCCAGAAGUCAGAACCCUAACAAAAACCUCUCCUUCCCUAAAAAAUAAAAGUAUAAAUUAAAUCCCUUCUCUUAUAUUUCUCAGAACCCGCUGUGAUUCUCUCUAUGAAGAGUAAGCGACGAUCGUCGGAAUCCAUGGCUAACAAUUCCGAUCCUCCUUCUCCUCUUGGCCAUAAUAUCAUCAAAGACAUCCUCUUAAGACUUCCGAUCAAAUCCAUUAAACGAUUUGAAUCCGUGUCCAAAGCCUGGUACUUGCUCUUCAAUUCCCAUGACUUCAUUUCCAACCAUUUCCGUCGCUCUUCCAGUGGGCCGUCUCUUCUGAUUCGCCGCUUCCACAAUCCAACUGGGUCUAACUUUUCUAUAAUCUUGAUGGAUAAUCGAACCUCAAUUCCUCGCGAGAUAAAGAUUCCGUUUCUGGGUUCUUUGAUUCGGUAUCCCAAGAUUAUUGAGUCUUGCAAUGGUAUUAUCUGUCUCGAUAUCUCUCCUUGCUAUGCCUCCGCUUUUGUGUUGUGGAAUAUUUCGACUAGGCAAUUCAUAGGUCUUCCUCGUCCAAGAAUCAAUGAUGCCCAUAAGCCAAUUUGGAUGGUCGCUACUGGAUUUGGGUAUAGUCGCGAAAGUAAUGAUUUUAAACUGGUAAGAGUUGUGAAUUUCCAUUGUAACGAAGAUGAUUCUCUUGUUGUGAGGGCUGAAGUCUACUCGUGGAGAACGGGUUCGUGGAUGCUAUUGGAUGGAAGAAUGAUCGAAGAAAGAAUGGGUUCUUGUGUGAUUCCUGAAGGCCAGCAAGCUGUGAUUGUGGAUGGAUCUAUGCAUUGGGUAGCUAAUGGGGUUGGGAAAUUGGCAAAUCACAAGUAUAUCGUCUCAUUCGAAAUGGGUAAUGAAGAAUUCAGAAGAAUAAAAAUCCUAGAUUAUCUUUCCAGUGAAAUUUGUGUUAAAGUUGUAGGAUUCAAAGAAUCACUUGCUUUGGCAUUGUAUCCUGCUUUGUCUGUUUAUCCUGGAUAUGGAAGACCCAUCAAUCGAAUGGAGUUGUGGACAUUGGAUAAAGAUUAUGCUUCUGAUGUUGAUGGUAAUUGCUGGACUAAACUCCAUACAAUAGACUUGAAUUCUUCUGGACUUAACCCAAUUGGUGUUCACAAUGAUUCUGAAUUGCUAGUCAAACGUAUGGAGGCACAUUGUGUUAGUCUAUCUUUUUUUGAUCCCGAUAACAAAGGCAUCAAGACCUUACCCAUUUGCAGUUCUGACUAUACAUGUGAGUUCUACAGUUAUGUGGACAGCUUGGUUCCAGUAGCAAAUGCAGGGUAUUUGGAAGUAGAAAAGACUCGCGAGUCUGAAAUAUAUUAGAUCUUAAGGCUCAUAUUGCUUAGUACGAUUCAGUUUUUAGGCUACAAGAAUUUGCUUGGGAAUUCAGGUCCUUUCCAUAUAUGAUAUUGUUAGUAGGAAUUAGUGCUAGUAUUUUACUUUUGAUUGUGAAUUGAUCCAAUUUGAGCCUAACAAGUUACCUACUUAUCUUUAUAUUGUUAGUUAAUGUGCAGUUGUCAUACUCUUUUGGUCUA